AUGACUAUCGCCCAGAUCUCCCUCUCCCCGCUUCCCGCUUCGCCUAACGUCGACCCCGCUACCUUCCCCAAGGACUUUGGUCGCGUUGUCACCGGGUUCGACCCGGCAAAUCCCCAGAAGGAUCAGAUCAUCGAUGCCCUGUAUCGCGUGGGUGCUCAGCUUCACGCUCUGCGACCGUCAGCUAACAGCUCAGCACCAGGUCCUCCUCUUCCGCGACCUCAAGCUCACACCGAAGCAGCAGCUUUCGACCCCGAAGCCACCUCGUACGGACACGGCAACAACGAGACGGGCAAGCAGGACAAGUCAGUCCUGCACCCAGACCUGAAGACGAUCCCGCACCAGCCCGAGGUCCAGCUGAUCGGCAACGGCGUCGUUCCAGGUGACCACGAAGGUCUUUCGAGCCACCCGCACCACAAGACGUUCCACAAGACGGUAGUCAGCGACGAGGAGGACGCGGCGGGCGUGACGAGGUUCUACAGGUGGCACAUCGACGCGGCGCUGUACAAGCUCUCCCCGCCCAAGGUUACGACACUGUACGCCGUCAAGGUGCCCGAGGGCGAGCAGCAGACCCUGCGCUACGACGAUGGAUCCGGAGACGAGAUCAAGCUCCCCCGCGGCAGCACAGUGUUCGCCUGCGGCGAGAACACGUUCAACAUCCUUCCUCCCCCGCUCAAGUCCCUCGCCGUCAGGACGAAGGUGCGCUACGCCCCACACCCCUAUGUGUGGAUGGCGGGCGCCAAGGCGCAGUCGACCGGCCUCGGGCUCGAAAGCGACGGCACCGAGAUUCCCCUCUCGGAGCUUCCGGACUGGACCGAGGACAACGUCAAGGUGCUCCCCAUGCUGUGGAAGAACCCCGUCACGGGUCGCUUGGCGCUGCAAGUGCACCCGUGUGCGGCGAUGGCGCUCGAGAUCGCCCCCUUGCCCGAGGGCGCGGAGCGUGAGGGCGCCCUGUUCCCGGACGGAGGCAAGGUGACGGACCUGAAGGAGGUGAGGGAGCUCUUGAAGACGAUCCAGAGGCCGGGCAUCGACCCCAAGUUCGUCUUCUGCGCGGACUGGCGGGAGGGCGACCUCGUGCUGUUCCACAACCGCGGCCUGCUCCACAGCGUCACGGGCGCGCUGAGGGAUGACGAGCUGCGCAUGUUCCACCAGUGCAACCUGGCCGCGUCGAGCGAUCCCGUCGGCCCCACCGAGGAGGAUGUCAAGCAGUACGCCUAA